CACAGAGUCACACUGAUCUGAGGAGGGUCGAUGCAUCAUCUCAGUUCUUAAGGGCACAGGAUUGUGGCAUUGUUUAAAAGAGGAAAUGAGUCUGUACAGCUGGUUUGGAUUCUUGCUGUUUGUCCUCCACAGUCUCCCAGUCGCAACAGAGGAUUUCUUUCCUGACAUGUCUCGUUCUGCUAUCCCCGUCACAUUUGGCUUCUCUUUCAUGUCCAUUCUCAUAGUCGUCUUUUAUGCGUAUAAAUGGAAACAAAAUCAAAACAAAGGAAACAAAGAGAAGGAGCAUCUUAAGACAGCUGAGAGGAAUCCAAUAAACCCUUUGCACAGUGUUCAAAGAGAAAAUAAUACCAAGGAUGUAAGUAAAGAAAAGCUGGAUAAAUCUGAAAGGACAAUGAAGGACACUCUUCAAGGAAUGCGGGAGUCUUUUCCACAGCUGAAGUUCACCCUUGCCAUGCUCAGGAUUCAAAGAAUGGAGGAUGAAAUAAAUAAAAUUCUGCAGCUUCGAGUUAAGAAUCCGAGGGUGGCGAAGAACGAGGAGUUCCUGAUGUUGGAACUGGAGACCAUGAAAGAGAAACAGAUAGAGCUGGAAAAAUCUAAGAUGUUAAUGGCGGACACCGUUAAAGGAAUGCGGGAGUCUUUUCAUCAGCUGAAGUUCGCCCUUGCCUUUCACAGGAUGCAGAAAUUGGAGGAUAAAAAAGAUGAAAAUCAGCAUUUCCAAGAGAAGAAUCAGGAGAUGGAGGUACUGAGGAGGGAGCUGGAGACCGAGAAAGAACAGGUCGAGCAGCUUCACGAGGAGAAUCAGAUGAUGGAGAACAACCUGCAGACCCUGAACAAAGAGCUGGAGACCAAGAACAAAGAGCUUUGUGACUCCAAGCUUCAGAUUGAAUCCCUCAUGAAGAAGAAUCAGGACUUUGAGCGACAGCUGACUGAAAUGAGACACAAGCACAAGCAGGAGUUGACGUCAGCUGACAUGAACAGGAGACAGACCUGUGAAGAGCUUAAGGAGACCCAAUCUCAACUGGAAAAGAAGACCGCAGACAUCAGGAACCUGCGGAGAGAGUUUGACGACAAACUAAAGACGAAGAUGGAGAUCAAGAACAAAGAGCUUUGUGAGUCUAAGCUUCAAUUUGAAUCUCUAAAGAAGAAGAAUCAGGAGUUUGAGAGACAGCUGACUGAACUACAAGAGAGGCACAAGCAGGAGUUGGAAAAGAGGCUUCAGGAUGAGCAGCAGUGGAGGGAGGAUGUUGAGAAAGAGGUGGAGAUGCUGAAGAAGGAGCUGGAGAAGGAGAAGCAGGUCGUUUUACCUAAAGCGACAAUGGGAGCAGGGGUGUCAGGAGCUGAACAAUCUCUGAAUGAAUCUGACAUUCAGGAGCAGGAGUUGGAAAAGAGGCUUCAGGAUGAGCAGCAGUGGAGGGAGGAUGUUGAGAAAGAGGUGGAGAUGCUGAAGAAGGAGCUGGAGAAGGAGAAGCAGGUCUUUUUACCUAAAGCGAUAACGGGAGCAGAGGUGCCAGGAGCUGAGCAAUCUCUGAAUGAAUCUGACAUCUAUCUAGCAGAACUUGUGGUGCCAGUGGAAGAGGAUUAAGCCCUGGAGAAUGGCUGAAGAGGACCACAGCCUGCAGUUUUAUAUCACCUUUUGUGUGCAUGUGGAAACUUAUUUCUACAGCUGCAAAACGUUCUUAAACAUGAAAUGAAUGACGAUCAUUUACUCCCACCAUUUCCGUCCAUCAGGCUGUCCACAACAACCAGUAACUAAACCCCAUUAAUCUAGUGAUUCGCUUGAUGUGGAGCUAUUAUGUGAACAUUCAGUGUCUAAGAACAAAGUAGUGUAGUGUAUUACUGUGUUUGGAGUGACUAAAAAAAUAUGAUGAAUGACACUUUAGCCGAAGCAUUAUGUUUAUGUCAGGAUUGUGCACCACGCUGCUCUCCAGGCUCCUGAUCCUGCUGCUUGGAACUAGAGAGCUAUCCAGAGUGCUCUCUUUCUGCCCGACCACAGCAGUGGGAAGGCUUGCCAGCUGGAAAUUCCAACUGAUGACAUCCUUUCUAAUCACUGACUAGAAUCACUGCAUAUAUACACCUCCAUGUUAGUGUUGUAGGUUUGCUGAAUGUUGAAUCCCAUUUCACAUUGAGUAUGAAAGAGAAGAGUGUGACUUACUUACAUGCAAUGUUUCUUGUUUAGCAAAGAAAAUAAAACCUAAACAGUCUCCUGCAUCUCACUGCACUUCAUCACUGGAUUUUUACAGUUUAAUCCAGGAAAAAGUUGUUUUGCAUUUGUUUUAAACAACUGAUGGGAUAUUUUGCCACUUUUUAUUUUCUUUUUUACGUUUUAUUUUGUGAUUCGGGACGGAACAACAAGAAUAAAUAGAUUUUUUUUGCAGUCACUUCCCAUGUACUUUAUUGUCGGCACUUUUUACUGUGGGAAUAAAAUCACCUUAUUAUAUUAUUUCUAUGAUGCACCUCACAUCAGCAGCAACAUUUUCCUCCUUCUGCAGUUUAGUUUUCUUCUGGCUUUCAUUUUCAUCAUUUCCUAAUAUUUCAAUUAUUUUUUAGUUUUAAACAUAUUAGAUUGUUGUUAAUUCUCCUGGACAAAUUAAACCGAUUUCUACUCACACGACUACACUUUUGAACAGAGCAGAAAUGUUUUUUUGUUUUUCAAAAAACAACAACUUCUAAUGAUACUUCAAAUGUUGUGCCGCAAUUCUGUCUGACAAGACUUUAUUACAGUAUUUAGAGAUGACAGCAGUCAGCUCUGAGUAAGGAGACUCUUAUUCGUGCUCAGAUAAAAACAUUUUCUCAAUUAAACCAAUAUUUUAGAAUACAUGUGUUAUACAGGGUGUCGUGGAAAUAGUACAUUACCCAAUGCAGAAUUACAUACAUAAAUGGAUUACAACAAACUGUUGUCUUGUGCAAAAAGGACAUCUAUCACCUAUAGGGCAGCGUCAGACAUCUGGCCCAGAGCAGAGGACAAACAUAACAUAUAAAGCAGGGAUUUAAAAAAUAAAAUAAAAUUUUGUCUAUUAAUAA